AUGAGGGGCCCCCCAAGUGCUGCGCUGCAGCGCCUCGGGGGCCCCCCUGCUGCCUCCAGGGGGGGCCCCCGGGGGGCCUCUCACGCUGCUGCAGCACGGGGCCCCCCACCACCUGCUGCUAGGGGGCCCCUCUGGGGCCCCUGCUGCAGCAGCUGGGCCCCCAAAGGGGCCCUUCAAGGUGGACUCAGGGGGCCCCCAGGGGCCCCCUUAAGCGCUGCUAGGGCCCCCCUACGGGUCCCCCUGGGGGGCCCCCUAGGGGCCCCCCUAGGGGCCCCCUUGGGGGCUGUUGAGAGGGUCCUGUGUGGCCCCACAAGUGUUCAUGACGGCUGUAGAUUUGCAAGUUUUGGUUUUGCUGCUGCUCGUUGGAACAGAAGCAGCAGCAGCAGCAGCAAUGCUUGCAUGCACACAGCAGCAGCAGCAGAAGGUGGCGAAGCAUCAGCUGCCAGUGCUGCUGCUGACGCCGAAUGCCCCUCGUCUGCGCCAGCAGCAGCAGCAGCAGCAGCAACAGACGAGCCCGCACAAGGAGCAGCAGCAGGAGGAAGGCCCGCAGGAGGCACAGCAGCAGCAGCAGCAGCAGAUGCUGCUGCUCUUCUCGAGCUGGAGCUGCAGGGGCAGCCCCUAUCUGGGCGGCGGCUGCAGCAGCUAGCAGCAGCAGCAGCAGCAAGAGGCCUCCGGAGUCCCCAAGUGUGGGCGCUGCUGUCAGCAAAAGCCAUAGAACUCAACCGCUCCCAGAGACGCAGCAGCAGCAGCAGCAGCAGCAGCAGCAGCAGCAGCAGCAGCAAGGGAGGGGUGCUCUACAGCACCAUGCUUGACCGCGCCUACGACAGAGAAGAAGAAGAAGAAAAAAUAAUAAAGCAGAAGCAAAUUUGGAAGGCCCAGGAGCAGCAGUUCUAUGCGCAGCUCAAACGCAUGCAGCAGCAACAGCAGCAGCAGCAGCGGCAGCAGCAGCAGCAGCAGCAGCAGGCAGAAGGAGAGAACGUGGUUGAGCUGCAAGACGCCGGAGCAGCGGAAGGGAAAGUAGCAGCACCAGCAGCAAAUGCAGCAGCAGCAGCACGGAGCGCAGAAAGCGACAAAAGAGAAGACGCAGAGAGGGAGCAGCAGCAGCAGCUAGAGGACGAGGAAGAGCAGCUGCAGCAGCAGCAGCAGCAGCAACGCGAGCAGCAGCAAAAGCAGCAUGUGUCUGGAAUCUUGGCUGAAGUAGAGCCAUCGAGACGUGUAGAGCGUGGCGCUGCUGCAGCGCGGCAGCAGCAGCAGCAGCAGCACAGGCGACAGAAGCAGCAGCAGCGGCGGCGCCACGAGAAGCAGCAGCAGCAGCGGCAGCAGCAGCAGCAGCAGCUUUCGGAUUGUGGAGAAGCUGAAGUGACGCAAAUAUCUCUAGAAGAGUUUGAAAACAACCGAAAAGUAAACCCCAAGUCCUAA